AUGGUAUCUGAAACUUUAAUCAAUGAAGUAUUCUGGGACAUAACUGAAGAACUUAAGUUAAACAAAAUAAAAGAAAAUCGAUAUAACCAGUUGAAAGAAUAUUUAAUUAUUUCAGUAUUAUCAAAUGAUAAAAAAUUAGCAAAUCAAAACAUUUUGAGAUUUUAG